CCUGAGUUGGGCUUAGGAAAAGACUGCCUCCAGUUUCGACAUCGGCAUAACACAGUGAGGUAUCGUCGUCGAGGUCGUUAAGUGUACAUAUCCAAACUGUCAAUGUCAGCCUGCGCACUUGAGGUGGAGUACUUCGGAAGAAAAGCUCUCCAAUAGUGAAAUCAAUUUAUCGGUAUCCUCCCAGAUACAUUCCCAUCUUUACAUGACCAUAAAGACGUUACCGCACCAGCUGCUGUCAACAAUGGACCAAGCCGCAAGUCUUCGCAAACUUGCACAGACCGAUGUGAUACAGGAGUUGUCGGUCAAUGAUUACAUGCCUGUGUUAAGCAGCCCACCUUUCACAUGGGUCGACGGCACUUUCAACACAAGGGAUUUGGGUCUCAUUCCAGGCAGUCCAAUCCGAGCGCAAUUUGUCUUCCGAUCGGGAAGCUUAGCUCACGUCACCGACCAAGGCAUGAAAGCGAUCGAAGGACUUGGUGUCAAGCGAAUUUUUGACCUGCGAUCGCCAGAAGAACGCACGCAUGCUCCAGAUCCCGAAAUCCCCGGCAUUGAAAAUACAUGGAUACAAAGCGCGCAGCCGGAGUCGAAGGUGGACUUAACGAAGUUCAUUUCUGGCCUGGGAGAGGUUGGUUACGAGGAAAUGUAUCUCGAGGUCAUUGACAUAUACCAAGCUGCUUGGAAGGCCAUCUUGGGACAUGUACGGGACAGACCACAGGAACCUUUCAUGUUUCAUUGUACAGCAGGUCGCGAUCGAACAGGUGUUAUCUCAGGCCUUUUGAUGGCCUUGGCGGGUGCAUCAGCAGAUGCUAUAUCACUCGACUAUAUGCUUUCACGCAUCGGCACAGAGCCAGUGCGUCAGCUGCUCCUCAAGUUUGCCAUGGCCGGUGCCAAUGCCCAAAGUACAGAGGAACCAGGAUUUUACAAUCUUUGUCAGUUGCGGGAGGAAAGCUGGAACGCGUUCGUCCAAGGUGUCCAGAGAGAUUACGGCGGCUUUGACCAAUUCGUCACCAAUGUAUUGGGUUUUUCGCAGAAAGAUCUGGCGAAGAUCAGGAAUAACCUGACUGAAACGUAGUUUUUCAAGAGAGCCAUAGCGAGACCCUAUGUGUGGUAAUGCAAUACGUGUACCGGUAUGGCCGAAUAGCUUUCCAGUUGAGAUCCGUACUCAUUCACUACACUGCUUGUUGACUCCAAUACCUCUUCGCCAUGAGGUCGAUGACCCCUGGAAAGCGCAGGGUUGCAAACACCAAUGUCCUUGGUCUAUGCACUAUGCUUUUUGCGCUAUUCUCGCAUGAAGGACUGCUCUUUGAGCAGUUGGUGUUGAUUGCUCAGAUUUCCA